CUUUUGUUUUUUUUGUGAAGGUUGUUGAAUCCUUAAUGAUAUUUUGGCAUACAGCAGCACAUCAGCAUAACCUGAACCGUCCAAGACAAGUAGUGUAUCUCAAAUGAUUAUGGCUAAUAAAGCCUGAGUAAAUGUAUCUAUCUUGUAGAUACUAUCAGCUCUCGCUCCGCCUAUUCCCGAUUGUGCGUCCCCAAACGAUCAUAACAUAAUCUUCACCCACUGUUCAUUCACCGGGUAUCCAAAAGGGUCCCGAGAGGCAGAUCUUUCGGAUGAAUAAUUAUUUCCCAGCACAGCUAGGAACACAGAGAGCCGUCCGUCAUUUAACAGUGCAUCAUAGCCCUCACACACUUCCGCAUGUCUAAAACUACCGAUACACGCUUUCCUUAGGGCUGUUAAAGAGCGGUAAAACUAGAUAUCCAUGUCCAUAUAGGCCACACAUUUUAGGGAGGUUAGACUUGAAAUGUUAGUGCUGCAAUUCAUACAUUUAGUAGCUAGCCUACUCCGUUUCAGAAUAGCCUGGUUCACGUUGCACACAACUGCUACAUCGUUUGUGUAAUUUAAUCGUGGUCUGAAAUUAUAUGACGCGCUAUAAAUGAGAUGCAAUACUCUGGCGACCUCUUUUGGAUAUAAAAAAAAGGGCAUGAUUUUUAACGCGUGAGAUGUCCAACUAUUUCCUAAGGCUAUUCGUCAACUUGUCGGAAACGUCCGAACUUUGAUUCGGACAACGGGGUGCUCAGUGACUCAAUCCAGUUGCAGCAGAUGGAACCUGGUCGCAUGUAUGUAUAAGGGAUAGUGAUGUGUAGAGUAGGCUAGCUAGUCACACCUAAGGAGAACAAAAACGUGGUUUUCUGAUCAAAAUAGUGGACUAGCUAUUAUCUACCCCGUGGAUUCCUUAGAGGGCAUUUCUCCCCCCCCCUCCCCAGCUGCCAAGAUGAUGAAGGAGUGCCUCCAGUUCUUCAUCGAGCCGGCCCAAAAAAUCAAGAUCCGCCUCAAGGAGUCUCGUAAGAAAGGGACAGAUGAGAAGAAAGAACCUUUAGUGGAGAGUCAGCUGUUCAUAAUGGAACUGGCCAGGGAACUCAACAGACUGUGCCAGAGGUCGAAGGUCUUAGCCCACAUCUGGACCAGUGAAGACAACUGGCCUCCCAGUGUGUGUAGACACUUCAUAGUGGAGUGGGCUGCCGUGCUGGAGAAGAGAGGCGAGCUGAGGAGCAUGCAGACAGAGAAGAGGGACUGGAAGACAGGGGGAGAGUAUGACAUGGGAACCCACAAACGGGUCAUCAUGGACUGGACACACCAGCUCAGAAACAGACCAGAGCCCAGUAUCUGGCCCGGUGAGCCCGUAUUGAUGAUGUUGGAUGAUCUGGAGUUCCAGUGGCAGAGGGGGCGUCUGCCGAACCUUCUCCCAGCCCUGGAGCUGGUCAUGUGGGUGGUGCUGAGUGCAGACAGCCCUGACAAGGAGGACGUAACCAAGCAGUGGCUGAUCCGAAAACAGAGGAGUCAGAAGAUUGAUGCAGCCCGCUACAUUCCCCACAACGUAUGGAACUGGAUCUGUGAUGCUGCAGAGGAAGUGACCCUUGACCCCAAGACAGCCAACCCUGACCUCUUCCUCUCUGAUGACGACAAGCGAAUGCGCUGUGGCCUGGAGCGGCGAGACAUCCCUAACUGCAGUCGCCGCUUCGACGGCUGGUGGUUUUGCGCUCUGGGAAGCGAGGGCUACAUCUCCGGGCGCCAUUACUGGGAAGUUGAAGUGGGAGACCGGGACUGGCGGCUGGGCGUGGCUAAAGGCUCCGCCCAGAGGAAGGGUUACAGUCCCCUCAACACACAGACGGGCUACCUCACCCUGAGGCUGGAGAGGGGCUCAGACCUCAAGGCGCUGACGGUGCCCGCCACGCCACUGGCCCAGAUGCUGGUCCCCAGAAAGGUAGGGGUCUACCUGGACUAUGAGCAGGGCCAGCUCUCCUUCUACGAUGUGGAGAAGAGGUCCCACAUCUACACGUACAACGAGACCUUCAAAGAGAGACUGUUCCCCGUGUUUGGGACUGUAGAGGUGAUGAGGGAUCUGGUGAUCAGGCCUGCACAGACCAGGGAACCCUGCCUCUGCCCUGGACCCUGUCUCUGGUGAUAACGUAUUACAGCGUUCUUCAAACCUGGUCCUGGAGAGCUAGCCUGGAAUCCACUCGGAAUAUUGUAAAUGUAGCGAAAUUCAGUGUAAAUUCCAGGCUAGUGGAGGGCAGGCUUUUGUUCUGGUCUAGCACUAUCACACCUGAUUUGAUGGUGUGAUGAUUAGUUCAUUCAGGUGUGUUAAAACAAGGCUGGAACAAAUGCAUGCACUCCUUAGGACCUGGACUGAAGAACAAUUAUUACCUCCUCCCUGUUACAGUUUUUAUUACAUUGCCUUCAUGCCACACUACUUCAAGGUACAAAGGAACUGUAAAAGAACGUGCUGCCCAAAUUACCCAAAGAUCUGACGUAGUCGAUAUUUAGUUCAGCAAGAGCUUGCACACAGAAGACACACACAGAGAGACACACAGAAAGACACACACACAGAGAGAGACAGACAGCUAGGGUUUACAGUCUAUAGUGUAUAAAAUGGUAGAGAAGGUAGCAUGCAGUACUUCAUUAUUCCUCUGAUUCUCUUAUUCUUAGAUUUUCUGAUUCUCUUCCUGUCUGAUUCCUCUUCCUCUCUGAUUCCACUGUCCAGCUUGCAAGAGUCUAAGCAUAUUUUUGGAAGUUACGGUUGAUAUUGACAGUGUGUAAAAUGGUGUGAUAACAAUGCUUUUUUUCAGUCAUCAAUAAAUUAAGAAAAAUC